AUGGCUCUUCUCCUUGCGCCUUACACCAACGCCAUGAGGCUUGGGCAAGGCUUCAACUCUUAUACCCAGCAAAUAUGUGUCGAUGAUGCCGUUGCCAUCGACCCUAACAGAGCGGAGAAUAUCGUCACCAAUGAUGGUACCACUAUGCGAAUCGUGGCAGAACUCACUGGCAAGCCAAGCGCCUGGAACCGAAUCAAAGAGGUGGUCAAGGAAGGGCCCCUCGUCGAACCCGGGCCUGCCGAAAGCGAACUGGACACCCCGCAGGACUCAUCGUCGGAAGCAAUUGUCAAGCCCACAGGGCCAGAUCCUAAGGUGAUUGAAGCGGCCAACCCAGCACCAGGAUCUGGCGAAGCUGUUCAAGAAGAAAAGGCUUCAGUGUCGGACGAGGUGGCCGAGGAGGUGCUUACUCCUGAAGUCGGCAAAGAUGCAGCUCCAGCAAGCGAAGAUUCGCCCGUCAGCGAGCCAGAAGAGACAGUCAAAGUGCCAGCAAGUGAGAGUAGCUCUGUGGUUGAAGUUGAUCGCGAAGACGCUGCCGCUGCCGCAGCAGCAAAUCAAAAUGAUAGCCAGGCUGCGCCAAGCAAAGCAGAGCCUUCUUCUACCUUGCCGCCUCCUGCUGGAGAAGGCGAAAAGGCAGGACAGGAAGUCGCGAAGACAGGCAAAUCUGCCGCCCGUACAUCUCGGAACCGAUCGUCCUCUGUAGACAACAAGCAGUCGGUUUCGACGUCCGCACCAGCCAUUCGAAAGUCGGACAAGUUCCAGGUCAAGGAAAUACCAUCUCGGCAAGCUCAAAAAGGGGUUCUCACAGUCCCUCAACAUCUUGAUGAGCUUGCUGUGGAAAAAGCCAAUCUGGAGAAGGCAGAGAGGCUCGAAUUAUUGCAAGAAGAGAAGAAGCGCAUGGCUGAGCACCGCGCAUACCAACGCGAGCUUGAGAUGGAGGGACGCAAAGAGCAGGCGCGAAUUCGACAGGAAGAAGCAAAGGAGCAAGAGGAGCUCCGCGCAGAGAAGCGAGCUUUUGAGAAGGCUCGCCGUGAGGCAGCGCAGAAGGCCAUCAAUGAAGCUGUGGCAAAGAACAAGGACGCCUUGACGCUUGAGGAGCUGAACAAGAUCAGGGCCCAAAAUCAAUUUGCGGAUCGCUUCGAAGGCAUUAUGAAAGAGGACAAGAAGUUCUACUUUGACCCAUCUUCUGGUCGUGGCACAAGUCAGACUGUCACCUAUUCGAGCAAGUUCAUUGACAAGCUCAGCGACAUCACGGAGGAUAUGUGCAUUUCCGGCGCUCUCUCUGUCAAGAUGGCCAAGAUCGGUGGCUCCGGUCGAGGAUCGUUUGUUGACUCUGACAAAUUCAAGGAAAGUGACUUGAGCUUUUAUGUCAGCGUCAAAGUCAUCAACCAGACUGUCAACUUCAAGGAUGCGCUCGAGUUCAACAAACUGCGGUCAGUUGACAUCGCCUCCGACGACUUCAACAAGGUGUAUGGUGACAGCUUCAUCUCAGGCUUCGUCGAGGGAGGCGAGUUCAAUGCCGUUGUCAGCAUGAAGGUGCACAACAAGGCAAAACUUCUCGACAUCAAGGCCGAAGCCAAGGUUGCCCUCACCACAGGGCCCGUCGAUAUCACGGCGGAGGCCAAUGUUGGGAUCGCUCGCACCAACCUCGAGAUGAACACCGAGACCACUAUUCAGGUUAGCUGGUGUGGAGGUGGAGUCAUCAAGCCCAUGGACCAGCCUUGGAACUUUCAGAGUAUCAUGGAAGCUGCCGCUCGCUUCCCUGAGUUGGUGUCCCAUUGUCCUCAGCGCACCUACGCCAUCCUCACAAAGUACGACACGCUUCGCAGCUUCGUCGCUUUGCGCCCAGCUUCGUUCUCGCCAUUACAGUACGAGAACGCGCAGAUGUACACCAACGUGCUCAUGGACGCAUUCAUGACAUACAAGUCUAUCUACAAGAAGCUAGGUGAUCAGAGUUUCAGCAUCCAGAACAAGAUUCUUGAGUUUGAGCCCGUGGAUGCGGCGCAAGCGGAGGCCUACAAGACUGCCGCGAUAGAGGCUGCAGCAAAGAAGACGCCUCUGAUGGUUGAGCUCGAGCGUAAAAUCGACACGAAGCAUCCGCGAGCGGCAGAAUUUCAACAGUACCUGGGAGCACUUCAAUCCGCUGUUGACAUAUCUCGAUUUGAGGCUUCUAUGAGAGGCAUCAGCGAUGCUCGUAAGUUUAUCCGCCGUCAGAUGGUCUACAUUGUCAACGAAGUGGACCUCAUUGAGAAGGACCCGAGGAUUGCAACCGAGCAAGACCACGAGGAGCCGUUUCAGUCUCCCCUCAUGUUUGAAGAAAGAUUGCCGGCUACUAGAAUACCGGAUCGCCUAAAGCCCAGGUCUGAUCCUCUUGGUGGUCGCCGGAUCAUGGCCAAGACUCAAACCGAAUCAGAGCUCGAGGAAGAGCAGAAGUCUCAAGAAGCAGCUGACGCGGAUUCGCCGCCACUGUACACCAUGGAACAAGACCUUUCCCUCGAGGAGACCGCUUCUCUGGAUAAGAUCAAGGAAAAGUGCCCGGGAAUUGGGAACCACCUGAGAGUUUCUACGGCAGUUCCAAAGGCGGACGGUGGAGUGCUCUUCAAUAACUUGGACUUUCUCUUCCCGGAGUGGCAGGUGGAGCAUAUCACCAUCGGAAUUGGCAUGGGCCGCGUUGUCUCAGUAGAGAUCAAGUACGACAAUGGGUUGAUUCUGCAGAAGGGUCUGGCUUUUUCCGACGUCAAGUUCAAGACUCUGAAGGAAUUCCAGUCUGGCGAGCGCAUUACCUCUGUGGCAAUCGAGGUAGGUGAACUUGCGUCCGGUGGUACGGGAGAGCGAGUGUUGUCAAUCUGCAUGUACACCACUCGCGGCCGUAGACUACUGGGGCAAGCGGUCCGGAACGAAGUGCUAUCGACGGACCUGGUGCGAAAGGACGGCGUUGAGUAUAAGAAGGCGCACACAACUUUCGUCGAUGCAGCGUUCAGCUCUGGAACGUUGAAGGGCUUCUUCGGCCGGCUCGACAUGGACCAAAAAACAGGGGGUCUUUUGCGCGUCGGUGUGAUUUGGGGUGCCAACACCACGAGCACAUCGGCUCUGACUACCACCGUGCAGGAGGUCGCGCCCAUCUACGAUACCGACGAGAUGUCUACCGCGGCAACUAUUGAGACCUUCCGUGGACAGGUCCGCACCGCCGAAGACCAAACGCGUUCUGUCAGGACCGAGCUCUCGGCUGCCCAGGAUCGCGAGCGCUCGCUGAACGAGAAGAAGACGCAACUCGAGGAGACAAUCCGGAACCUUGAUCAAGAGAAACAGCGAUACAGCCAACUCGCCAACACAGCAGAGAAUAGCCGCCAAGAUGCUCAGGAUCGCUUGAACAAGGAUCGGCAGAUCAUCGUUGGUGCCAUCCAAUACGGCGGGAGGGAUUAUAUGUUCAACCAGAAGAUCCACAGCAAAGUGCGAGAGUAUGUCACCAAGGGCUGGACCCUUGAAAUCUCGAAUGGUUUCUUUGAGGAGGACCCGUCACCUGGUAAUGGCAAGAAUGGCAUAAUUACUGUUUGGUCUUCUCAGUCAGGCACGCGAAGUCUCCAGGGAGGCGAGGGAUCAUCCAGAGUCCUUCUCUGA